UCACAGCGUGGACCAUCAUCUGCCGGGUCGGGCUGAGCUCCAGGGUCUCUGCUGUGGAACGUGAGCGGCUCCGUCAUCGUAAUGGCGGUGAACAUCAUGUCUGGGUGUCUGCUCGCCGUCUGCCUCCUGGGAAGGUUCCUCCAGGCGUUCAGUCAAGGUGAAGUGUUCCGCAGGCCUCCAGUGGCCAGCACCGUGUUCCUGCGCCCCAAACGGGCCAACGCCUUCCUCCUGGAGGAGAUCCUGCAGGGGAACCUGGAGAGGGAGUGCUAUGAGGAGCGCUGCAACUACGAGGAGGCGCGGGAGGUCUUUGAGGACGAAGCUAAGACGAUCUCCUUCUGGACCCAGUACCACGACGGGAACCAGUGUCUCCCCAACCCCUGCCUCCAUGGAGGGAACUGCACUAACAGGGUGGGGGGGUUCUUCUGCUCCUGCAGACCCCCCCACUACGGACACACCUGUGAGCUGGAACCACCAGAAGAAGACCAGGAGAAGACCAAGCCUCAGUACAAAGCUCCAGAAAUAUCAGAGUGUCCCACCCAGGGCCCUGGUGCGUGCCACCAGCUUUGCACGGCAGACUUUCACUCCUACAGAUGCUCGUGCACGGCGGGAUUCAAACUACAGCGCGACAUGCGAAGCUGCCAGCCUGAAGUCCAGUUCCCCUGUGGGAGGAUUCCUGAUGCCAACAGCUCAGUCUGUCACCAUGGAAACUGUCCCUGGCAGGUGUCCCUGAUCAACAGCAGUUGGGUGGAGCUCUGCGCCGGCGUCAUUCUUGGGAGGCGGUCUGUUCUGACCACCGCUAGCUGCCUGCUGAGGUCAGGUAACCGGAAGGUGGUCCCAGUCGGAGCGCUCUUCCUCCACCAACGCUUCCAGUUGGACCAGCAUGACUUUGACCUCGCCCUUCUGGAACUCACCACCCCCCUGAACUUUGGCUCCGCCCUCAUCCACCUCUGCCUGCCCAGCAAGGACUUCAGCGAGAACAUCCUGAUGAUUUCUGGGAGGACGGGCAUGGCAGACAGAAAGGGGCGGGGCCAGAACCAGGAGCUGCUUUACAUGCCGUUAGGCGAGUGUCGCAAUCAGCUGAGCGUCUCGCACCCGCUGAGCAACAAGAUGUUCUGCAUGAGGAGGAGGAAGGGGUCCGGAGGCGGCUCACAGGACACGCCAACAACAGCCAGCAGAAACAGCACCGGCCCAAAUGGAGCUAAUGUUACGGAGGAAAGACUCCCUGAGAACAGCAGCCUGAGCUUCCAGAACCCGGAGCCACCAGGAGGGGGCGUCUGCGGCGGCCUGGUGCCGGGCUCGGCGGUGGUUACCAUGGAGAAGGGGACGGCCUUCCUGACCGGCCUGCUCAUGUCAGCGACGUCAGACUGCGACGGUCAGGUGUUCACCAAAGUGUCCCGCUACCUGAACUGGAUCCGACCGCGGCUGCAGGCGGCGGAGAAGCACAUGACCGCGCAGGUCAGCCUGUAUCCAGAGAUGCGCUGA